AUGGAUGAGUCCAUGGAGCCCGGCACAUCGCGCUCUGACCCCAACAUUGAUUCACCAGGUAUGGAAGUGUUUUCAGAAAAUGUAAGAUUUCUCUUUUUGUGCCCAGUUUAUAGAUUAAUCGCCAUGUGGUGUUGUGUGAGACAUCCUAGCGGACGUUGGAAAGAAGAAAUCGGGAAAUUCUAUAGUCGAAAAAGGGCACUUGUCGGUUCAUUAUUGCAUCAUUUUGCAUGGACCGAUGGAGAAACGCAAGAAAAGCUGAACCAGAAGAAGAGAAUCAACAUAAAGCUAGCUGAGAACUUCAGGAAGGUUCCGUUGAAUGUAAUGGAUGAGUCCAUGGAGCCCAGCACAUCGCGCUCCGACCCCAACAUUGAUUUACCAGCUAUGUAAGUGUCUUCAGAAAAUGUAAGAUUUCUCUUUUUGUGCCCAGUUUAUAGAUUAAUCGCCAUGUGGUGUUGUGUGAGACAUCCUAGCGGACGCUGGAAAGAAGAAAUCGGGAAAUUUUAUAGUCGAAAAAGGGCACUUGACGGUUCAUUACUACAUCGUUCUGCAGGAGCUGAUGGUGUCUCCAGAAAAGGUAGGAUUUCUCGUUACUAAUCCGGUUUAGGUACAAAGGAGCUGAUCUGUUUUGUGUGAGACAUCCUAGCGGACGUUAUAAAGAAGAAAUCGGGAAAUUUUAUAGUCGAAAAAGGGCACUUGUCGGUUCAUUACUACAUCGUUCUGCAGGAGCUGAUGGUGUCUCCAGAAAAGGUAGGAUUUCUCUUUUUGCAUCCAGAUUAGGGAUUAAUCGCUAUGUGGUGUUGUGUAAGACAUCUUAGGGGACGUUGUAAAGAAGAAAUCGGGAAAUUUUAUAGUCGAAAAAGGGCACUUGUCGGUUCAUUAUUGUAUCAUUUUGCAGGAGCUGACGGAUAAACGCAAGAAAGGACUGGAGAAGGCGUGA